AGGCUAUCCACGUUCUUGAUUUGAAACAGAACUCGGAAAAGCCUACUUUUGUAAUCAAGCUGAAUUCACAAUCCAACAAUGGCGAUCUUGUCCUCUUCUUCUCGUUCAUCUGCUAUUCUGCUCUUCAGUAUAUCUAACACUUCUUCAUCAUCUCCAGCAAGCAGCAUCGCACCGUCGCCGAAUCCAAUAGCCUUGUCGCCCAAAAGACCUAACACCAGCUUGAUUCGCGUCCAGUCCAUACCCAGGAUCAACCUCGAACCCUUGGAGUCUUCAGGUCGUGAGAAGAGGAGAACUAGGGUUUCAUUCCUUUCUUCCUUUUUGACCAAAGAAAGAGACGGUGAGAGCCUCAAGGAGGAGCUUCUGGACGCCAUAGCUCCUCUGGAUCGCGGCGCGGAUGCAACUCCCCAAGACCAAGAGCGUAUCGAUCGGAUUGCACAAAACCUUGAAGCAAUUAACAAAGUGAAGGAGCCCCUCAAGUCUUCCUUGCUGAAUGGAAAAUGGGAGCUCUUAUAUACAACAUCUAACUCAAUUUUGGGAACUCAGAGACCAAAACUGUUUAGACCAAAUGGAAAAAUCUACCAAGCAAUUAACGUGGAUACAUUGAGGGCUCAAAAUAUGGAAACUUGGCCAUUCUUCAAUCAGGCCACAGCAAAUUUAGUGCCCCUAAGUGCAAGUAGGGUAGCUGUCAAGUUUGACAAUUUCAAAAUUGCUGGCGUGAUACCCAUAAAGUCACGUGGAAGCGGGCGUGGUCAGCUGGAAAUCACAUACUUGGAUGAGGAGUUGCGAAUAUCACGGGGCAAUCAAGGAAACUUGUUCGUACUGAAAAUGGUGGAUCCAUCCUACAGGGUUCCUCUGUAAUGAUGGGCGGCACUGGUCACCGAUGACCUAAGGUUGAAUUGCAAUUUGAGGAACUUGGCCAUGGAAUCGAAGCUAAGGCUCGUUUCUUGAAGAUAAGGCACCCAUCAUCCUAUGCUCAAAUGCUUAGUGUACUAGUUUCAAUAUAUAAUGGUGAUCAACUCAACCUGCCUUGUUUGGCAACUGUAUGUAUGUAUACUUGCAUCCAACCUUUCUUUAGCAGAUUGUAAGCUAUACACAAAAUAUUGGUCUUGCAUGUUGAAUUCAAAUCAUUGUGCACUGAGUACAAAGAGCUAUUUAAGCACCAUAUUGGUUGAAAUCCUA